GAAAAAAUGCGCACGCUUGUAUGAUCGGCCGAUAUGUAGCACAGUGUUCUACUUGUUAGUUUCGUUAGGAGAACACGCGUUCGCAAGCGGGAGUUCUGCAUAGGAAGAUGAAAACCGUCAUAGUGCUCCUGGCGAUCUUUGGCUGCGGUCUAGCGUCACGUUGCGGCCGUAGACGGUACGAAGGUGAUACCGAACGCAUUGUGGGUGGGGAACCCGCUCUACCACAUGAAUUUCCCUGGCAAGUGGAAAUCAUCCCGCAAGGCUGUGGAGGUUCGAUCUUAAGUGAAGAGUGGGUCAUCAGUGCUGCUCAUUGCUUCGCGGGCCCAUACCGGUCUUACAAAUUUUUGUUUGGAAGACAUAAUCUUAGUAAUUAUGAUGAGCCGUCAGAGGAGACCCGAAGUGUGAGCGCACGUGAUGUAAUUCAACAUCCGUUGUACGUACAUGAUGGGAAUUACGACUAUGAUGUAGCCCUUGUGUGGUUAUCCAAGCCCCUUAACUUUACGAGGAACCCUGAUAUCGAACCCAUCUGUCUGCCGUCGGCUGGCGAGAAAUUCGAUAAUGUCUUGUGCACUGCGACUGGAUGGGGAAGGCUGGCAUCUAGUGGACCACUCCCCGACGUACUACAGAAGGUGGACGUUCCCGUAUGGACGCAGCAGGAAUGUGAUAGGACGCUUCCUGUCUACCUCACAAACAGAAUGCUCUGUGCAGGCUACAUGCAUGGUGGAAAGGAUGCGUGCAACGGUGAUUCUGGUGGUCCUCUCGUCUGUCCUGGGAGGAAGGGUGACGCUUGGGUUCUGGCAGGGAUUACAUCCUUUGGCAUCGGAUGUGCUGAACCAAUGACCCCAGGAGUGUACGCACGUGUCUCGUCUGUGUUGGAUUGGAUUAAAUUUACGAUAAAACAAUCAUAAUGUAAAAGUAUUCAAUGGCGUCUUUACACGUGUACGGCUACCUGACUGCAGUGAACUCUCUGAAGACACCUUUUUACAGCAUGGAAUUUCAAUAAACGUUACGCUAUGCAAA